GCUAGCUGCACGUCCGCGACUGCGAAGAAACAAACAGCCUAGCUGCACAUCCGCGACCGGCGAUGCUCCCUUACGCAACGGCGUCCGACGCGGAGGCGGCGCUGAGGCGCGCCAUGACGCGCGCCGAGGCAGCGUGGUUCCGGUACACGGCGGCGAAGGCGGACUACUACCUUUACUACCACACUGUCGCCGUCCUCCUUGCCGUCUACACCCUGCUGCCGCUCAUGCUCGCGCUUCUCGAGCUCGGCGCGCCGGCCGUCGCCCUGCGGUACAAGCUGCAGCCCCGGGGCGCGCGGCUGUCGCCGGCCGGCUUCCUCCGCUGCUACACGGACACCGCGCGCUUCUUGCUCCCCCUCGCCGCCCCUGUCCAGCUGCUGUCCUAUCCUGCGGUCAAGAUGUUGGGGAUCCGGAUGGGGCUGCCGCUGCCGUCGGCGGGGGAGAUGGCGGCGCAGCUGCUCAUGUACCUGCUUGUGGAGGACUAUCUCAGCUACUGGGUCCACCGGCUGAUGCACACCAAGUGGUGCUACGACAACAUCCACCACGUCCACCAUGAGUACACUGCACCCAACGGCUUCGUCGCGCCAUACAUGCACUGGACCGAGGUGCUCAUCCUCACCGUCCCCACCGUCGUCGGCCCGGUGAUCGCGCCUUGCCACAUGAUCACCUUCGGCAUCUGGUUUGUGAUAGUGGCUAUUUCGGCCAUCGAGACCCACUGCGGGUACAACUUCCCGUUCAACCCGACAAAGCUUAUCCCGUUCUGGGGAGGAGCAGAGUUCCACGACUACCACCACUACUUGGGAGGGAACUGCCAGAGCAACUUUGCAACUGUGUUCACGUAUUGCGAUUAUCUGUACGGGACAAAUAACGCCUUCAGACGCCACAAGGCAGGCCAAGCAAAGCUGAAGAUGGUGUCGGAAAAGAAUGUCGAGAAAUGAAGGAGAAAAUUGAGUGAAAGAAGACUAAGCAUUACAUACCUUCAGAUGAUAUGCUCCGUAGGAUCAUUCUGAUCGAUCCUGGCUCGUGAUACUGUGCCCUGCUCGUGAUAUGUAUGAUAUUCAUAUACAGUGCGUCAGCAAUUAGAACACGGGCAUAUCUAUGUUAUCUUCCAACAUUGAUCAUUUACUUACUGUUUAGCUUGUGUACUUCCCGGUUGUCAUGACGGACAGUUAAAAUGAUUUGGUUAAGCUUAUCGUAAUAAUAUAUUAAUACCACUGGCU